AUGCCAUCCGUUGGAGACGAAGGGGACUGGGCUUCGGGUCCUCAUCGACGAGAACAUCAGUAUGUUACGCUCAAGCUCUAUGUAAAUAGCUCUGCGUUCCACCGUGAGCUUCCGGUUUAUGACCACCUCUCGAAAUAUACGACAGUCAAACACCGGGGGCGAGAGAAUAUUCGCCAACUACUUGGCUCCUUUAAGAUAACUGGCCCUGGUGGCAAACACAUGGUUCUUGUACACCAAGUUGCACAAAUGAGUUUACGUGACAUUAGGUUAGUCUUCAUGCCUAAUGGAUUUGAUCCAGAGUUUGUGAAGGGUGCUAUUAUUGAGCUUCUCACGGUACUGGACUUCCUACACACCCAUGCCAAUAUCGUCCACACAGAUGUACACUCUGGAAAUAUGCUGUUAGGUGUGUAUGAUAAUAAUAUCCUGCGAGCUCUAGAGGAUGCGGAAUUUAAAGCUCCCACCCCUCGCAAACUUGUGUCAGAAUCUAGGACCAUAUAUUUCUCCCGGAUAAGAAAGCCACGAGAAGGCCCAAUGCUUCUAGCCGACUUUGGCGAGGCUAGGAUUGGCUCUGGGCCGCAUGCUGGCGAUGUCAUGCCUCUCCAGUAUCGGGCUCCAGAGGUAUUACUAUACAGGGGAUGGAGCUAUCCUAUUGAUAUAUGGAGUGUCGGCUUGACGGCAUGGGACAUGCUUGAGAAGAAAUUACUGUUUACAGCAAAAGACAAAGAUGGCGAUGUAUAUGACGCUGCUCACUUUGCACAGCUAAUCGCUGCACUUGGCCCACCACCACCUGAGUUCUUAGCUAGAAACCCGGAGAAAAAGGCUGACUUCUGGGAUGAAAAUGGUAGUAAAUGGCUUGAUCUUGCACCCAUCCCGGAAAAUCGGACGAUGGAAGCCCUCGAGACUCGGUUGGAGGGCAAAGAGCAAGAAAUGUUCUUACGAUUCAUCCGGCGGGCCCUGACUUGGUUGCCUGAAGAGAGAGCUACGGCUAAGGAGCUUCUCGAAGACCCUUGGUUGACGGAUUAG